GCCGCGCCGCGCCAGGGAGAGGCGGGUGAGCGGGGUGCCGGGGUCGCGGUCCGUGCUCGGUGCUUCGGAGCUGCUGCCUGACCUCCCUCUUUCGUGGAGUGAACGUGACGCUUUGCUGUGCUCAACGUGGGCCCCCGGUCCGUGGCAGCGGUUUGCCGCCCGGCUGCCCUGUGAGGCGUUGCGGGGCGCCCGGGGGCCUGUUCCUCCCCGUUCCCCGCUGUCGCGCUGCGGACACGUGCUCGGGUGGUCGCGGAAGCGUCGGUAAGGCCGCUCCUGGGGCUGGGGGGACGGCCCCGAGGGGACUUCGGGAGCUGCGUCCGGCUGCCCACCCUGGUUCCUUAUUCCUCUGUGUCUCUGGGGAGGCUGGGUACGUGGAAGUGGCGGGAUGGGGUGGGGGGAGGAACCGGGAAGGAAAAGCGCCCAUGGGUGGGGUUGCUGAGUGCCAACGGGAAUGGCUUUUGUAAACGUUAUCUUUUCACCCCUUUUUAAACCCACAAGUGAUCUCAGUUUGCAGUUUAAUUUGUGGUUUUGUUUUGAAGGGAAGGAUGAUCCCACUUGUGUGUACGCCUGAGAGUUAAUUUAAACUUUAACAACGGGUAACGAAUGUUUGGAGGCUGCAUAAACCACGUUGUAAAUGCUUCCAGUGAGGUGUCUUGUGGGUAUGAGGGUGCAGCAUCAGUGUCUUUAUGCUUCUAGAAGGAUAAACAAGACAUAAGUGUGUCACUCAGCUGAUUUCCUUAGAACUACUGGAAUAAGUCUUUACACUUAGCUUAACAACAGGGUGUCUGUAGUAGAUUUAAAGCCUGUAUUAGUAUUUAAACACUAUCCGUGUGCUUUCCAUGGUUCUUCAUUCUCAUCCACGUUUCUCUUUGCCCUGCAUUAGUGUUUUCAUGGGUAGUCUUAAUAAUUCUUUAUCUGAGGUGUCUGGGACUUCAAGGAAACAAAGUCUCUGUCAGAAGGACACAAAAGGACGUGGAAACUGACCGAAUCUGUGCAAGCAGUAAUUGAAUGGAUAUUCAGAAGUAGAGUUGCUAAAACUGAGAGAAAAUGUCAUAUCGAAGAGAUGAAAUGUGGUCUGAAGGGCGAUAUGACUAUGAAAGAGUUCCAAGAGAACGUCCACCUCCAAGGAUGCAUCCUAAUGAUAAUUACCAUAGAGUAGUAAACGUUGGGCCCAAGAAACCACCACUGCUUGAAAGACCUGGAGAAGGGAAUUACAGUCGGUAUAAUGAUUACGGUCACGCUGAGUACAGAGACUAUGAAGAGGAUCGCAGUUUUGGCCAUGACCGAAGAAGUGGCCCUCCACAUCGAGGUGUACGUAAGGAUGAAUCAGGAUACAGGUGGCCAAGAGAUGAUCAUCCUGAAUACAGGCACCCUGAAUACAGGGAUGUCAGAUAUGGCUUCAGAAGAAAAAGCAUCUAUCCUUCUCAUUACAUGAGAGAACGAUCCCCUCAUAGGAGGGACUCUCCUCUCUUCAGGGAAUCACCAGGGAGCCGAAGGGAUUCUCCACACAGCAGAUCUGGCUCCAGUGUCAGCAGCAGGAGCUACUCUCCUGAAAGAAGCAAAUCCUAUUCUUUCCACCAGUCCCAGCAUAGCAGAAAUAUGUCAUCUUUACAUAAAAGAAACACUACUUCUCAGCAAGGUAAAGAGAAGGCAUCAGGUCAAUCACUGAAAACAUCAAGGGAUGCAUCACCUUCAGGCUCCGUAGCAGUAUCCUCAUCAAAGGCCUCAGAUAAGACCAACAGACUGACAGAAAAGGAGCUUGCAGAAGCUGCAAGGAAGUGGGCAGCUGAAAAGUCAGAGAAGGCCGAUGAAAGCAGUGUACCUGAAGCAGAGUAUGAAGCUGGAUCUUCAGCUCUGUUAUACAGUGAACAAACAGAGGAAGCAGAAACAAAUAUAACAGACAGUACAGAAUUAUACGAGGACGGUCAGCUUCUUGGUCGCUCAAAAGCAAUUGCAACUAAGACAAAGGAGAUUGAACAGAUCUACCGACAAGACUGUGAAACCUUUGGCAUGGUAGUGAAGAUGCUAAUUGAUAAAGAUCCGUCAUUGGAGAAUUCCAUUCAGUUUGCCCUGAGGCAGAAUUUGCAUGAAAUAGGUGAACGGUGUAUAGAAGAACUCAAAAAUUUCAUUGCUCAGUACGAUGCUGCCAAUCAAGAUCUAUCAGAAUCCUUCAAAGAAGGCUCAUACUAACGACAGAAACAUGCUUUUAGAUCCUCUUCAUUGUGUAUGCCAUAAUACAUAAACCUGCUUUUUUGCUGGGAAAGAGGAGAUCUUGCUGGGGAUUUGAACCCAAGGCCUGCGCUCCUUUGUAGUAGCUCAGGUGGCUAUAUCGUGUUCACUGUGGUCCCCACAAUUGUAUUCUUCCUACCUGUACUUGUUGACAUAUAUUCCUUUGAAGGGAUGUCCUUUUCAAAAAUGCUGUAAAGUGACAAACUAUUUUUAAAGCCUUUACACAGUUACCUAGGAACAACUGUUCAGUCUGAUUUAUGUACAUUUACAUUUUGAUGUUUAUAAGUGUAACUUCAAACACUGUGUUUUUUAUUAAAGUAAAAAAAAAGCAGUUCUUCAUUCUUCAACUUACACAGAAGGAAGUCUUGUUUUCAUAUAUACCAUAGGAAGGGAAGACUUGCAAAAUUGGUAGCAGCUAUGAUUUAAAUUAUUUAUUAUAGUUUAAUUUUAAACUUCAGAUUCAUUCUGUAAAAUUGCACUAGGGGUUAUAUCUAGUCUCUGACUGCCAGAGCAAUGCUACUUGGUGUAAGUGCUGUCCUUGUGUUCUAAUUGCAGGUUCUGCAAGUGCUGUUUAAA